AUGUCAUUGUCAAAUGCCUCUGGGCUUGAGAUAAUUGAUAUUAGCACCAACUGUUUUAAUGGUCUUGUGCCUGUAAGUCUAGGAAACUUAAAGCAUUUAACUACAAUUAAUUUUGAGGACAAUCAUCUUGGAAGUGGACAAUCCAGUGAUCUAAACUUCCUCACCUUCUUGAAUAAUUGUACAAAUCUGCAAGUGUUGGGUCUAUUUGGCAAUCGUCUUGGAGGUGAAUUGCCAGAUUCCAUAGCUAAUCUUUCUUCUCAGAUUAGACAACUCCCAGUGGGUUCAAACCUCAUUCAUGGAAGCAUUCCUGAGGGGAUUGGUAACCUUGUCAGUCUGACAUUUCUUGCCAUGAACAAAAACAUGUUGACUGGUAACAUCCCUGCUGCCUUGGGGAAGCUAAAGAGAUUACAGAAAUUGAGUUUAGAUCAUAACAGAUUGUCAGGUCUAAUUCCUUCCUCCUUAGGCAACUUGACCCAACUGAUUGCAGUUUACAUCGAAGAGAAUAACUUGGAAGGAAACAUACCCACCAGCCUUGGAAAUUGUCAAAAUUUGCUGCUAUUGAACCUGUCUUAUAAUAACCUAAAUGGUAGCUUACCAAAAGAAGUUAUAGGUAUUUCUUCCUUAUCCAUUUCAUUUGCAGUGAAAGGUAAUUCUUUGACAAGUUUCUUACCAACAGAAGUGGGUAACUUGAAACAUCUAGUAGAGUUGGAGUUCUCUGAGAACAAUUUUUCAGGUGAAAUACCAAAAACACUUGGCAAUUGUGUUAGCUUGGAACGCCUAUACAUGGCCGGUAACUCCUUCAAAGGAUCAUUUCCUCUCUCCUUGGAGAAUUUAAGAUCACUACAAGAUGUGGACCUUUCACACAAUAAGCUAUCUAGGGUGGUUCCACAGUAUUUUGAGAAAUUUUCAUCCUUGAAGAGACUCAAUCUCUCUUUCAAUGAUUUCGAGGGUGAAGUACCAAAACAAGGGGCCUUUGCAAAUAUAAGUGCAGUUUUAGUCAUUGGAAAAAAGGAUCUCUGUGGUGGUCUAACAGAACUAUAA